AGUGCAAGUGCAGCCCGCGCGCGCUCCUCACACUCCGGACACUGUGUCUCGCGCCGGGACGGGCCGAGAGCGUCACUUAUAUACCGGGGGGGAUUUAAAUACAUGAAGAACGCGUUCCUGAGGCGGUUUCUCCCGGCGGUUUAAAGGAGGAGGAAAGCAGAACAGAGAGAAGAAAGAAAGAAAGAGAUCUACUGAUGUGUGCGCGCGCGCGUGUGUGUGUGUACUCAUUCUCCGCUCGAGACACAUAACACGGCAAUGAGUAGAGUCCGGGACGCGCGCGCCUCCAUUUCAUAAGCUCGACUUUGUGCGUUACAGGACAAUAGAAAAGGCGCGAUCGUGGGAUUAACCUCGGGGUUUUAUUUAUUUUUAAAAAAACAAAGAGGGAUAUACUGUACAAUGCCGGACCAGAUCACGGUGGCGGAGUUUGUAACCGAGACGAAUGAAGAUUACAAAUCGCCCACGGCCUCGAACUUCACCACGAGAAUGGUGCACUGUAGGAACACAGUGAGCGCCCUGGAGGAGGCUCUGGAUGUGGAUCGCAGUGUGCUGUACAAAAUGAAGAAGUCAGUAAAGGCUAUUUACACUUCAGGACUAGCUCAUGUGGAGAAUGAGGAGCAGUACACCCAAGCUUUGGAGAAGUUUGGCGAGAACUGCGUGUACCGGGAUGACCCUGACCUCGGCUCAGCCUUCCUCAAGUUCUCGGUAUUUACCAAGGAGCUCACAGCCCUCUUCAAGAAUCUGUUCCAGAACAUGAAUAACAUCAUCACGUUUCCACUGGACAGCCUCCUGAAGGGCGAUCUGAAAGGGGUGAAGGGGGAUCUGAAAAAGCCGUUUGAUAAGGCCUGGAAAGACUACGAGACCAAAGUCACCAAGAUCGAGAAGGAGAAAAAGGAGCACGCCCGACAGCACGGGAUGAUCCGGACAGAGAUCAGCGGCGCUGAGAUAGCCGAGGAGAUGGAGAAAGAGAGACGCUUCUUUCAGCUUCAAAUGUGCGAGUAUCUGCUCAAAGUGAAUGAGAUUAAGAUCAAGAAGGGCGUGGAUCUGCUGCAGAACCUCAUCAAGUAUUUCCACGCACAAUGCAAUUUCUUUCAGGAUGGCCUAAAGGCAGUUGACAACCUGAAACCAUCUAUAGAGAAACUGGCCACUGACCUGCACACGAUCAAGCACGCUCAGGAUGAAGAACGCAGGCAGCUCACACAGUUACGAGACGUGCUGAAGACGGCGCUCCAGGUGGAGCAGAAAGAGGAUUCCCAGGUGCGACAGAGUACCACGUACAGUCUGCACCAACCUCAGGGGAACAAGGAGCAUGGCACAGAGCGGAGUGGGAACCUGUACAAGAAAAGUGACGGUCUCCGGAAAGUGUGGCAGAAGAGGAAGUGCACAGUGAAGAACGGCUACCUCACCAUCUCCCACGGGACGCCAAACAGACCACCAGCCAAGCUCAAUCUCCUAACCUGCCAGGUCAAGCACAACCCAGACGAGAAGAAAAGCUUUGACCUUAUCUCACAUGACCGAACGUAUCACUUUCAGGCAGAGGAUGAGCCCGAGUGCCAAAUCUGGAUCUCGGUACUGCAGAACAGUAAGGAGGAAGCGCUUAACAACGCCUUUAAGGGAGACCAGCACGUGGGCGAGAACAACAUCGUCCAGGAGCUGACCAAAGCCAUCCUGGGCGAGGUCAAACGCAUGACCGGCAACGACGUCUGCUGUGACUGCGGGGCUCCUGGGCCCACAUGGCUGUCCACCAACCUGGGAAUUCUGACCUGCAUCGAAUGCUCGGGGAUCCACCGAGAGCUGGGAGUGCACUACUCCAGAAUUCAGUCACUCACGCUGGAUGUCCUCAGCACAUCCGAACUCUUGCUGGCCAAGAACGUGGGGAAUGCUGGCUUUAACGAGAUCAUGGAGGCAUGUCUGAGUGCAGAGGAUGUGGUCAAGCCAAAUCCUACUAGUGACAUGCAGGCCAGGAAAGACUUCAUCACAGCUAAAUACACAGAAAAACGCUUUGCUCGAAAGAAAAGCCCAGACACGGCGUCUAGACUGCACACCUUGUGUGACGCGGUGAAGGCCCGCGACAUCUUCUCUCUCAUCCAGGUCUACGCUGAGGGAGUCGACCUAAUGGAGCCCAUUCCUCUAGCCAACGGGCAUGAACAAGGGGAGACGGCCCUGCAUCUGGCAGUGAGGCUGGUAGACAGAACCUCGCUACAUAUCGUAGACUUCCUCACUCAAAACAGUGCGAAUCUGGAUAAGCAGACGGCAAAGGGAAGCACGGCGCUGCACUACUGCUGCCUCACGGACAACAGCGAGUGUCUCAAACUGCUCCUAAGAGGCAAAGCCUCCAUAGAUAUCGCGAACGAGGCAGGUGAAACCCCACUGGACAUUGCCAAGAGACUUAAACAUCUGCAGUGUGAGGAGCUGCUAACCCAGGCUCUCGCUGGCAAGUUUAAUGCACACGUGCACGUUGAAUACGAGUGGCGGCUACAGCACGAAGACCUAGAUGAGAGCGAUGAAGAUUUGGAUGAGAAGUCCAGUCCCCUGCGGCGAGAGGAGAGGCCGGUCAGUUGCUACACGCCUGGUAGUUCAGGCAUGCAGCCCAGUGCUUCCAAUCUAUCCAAGGACAAACAACAACAACAACCAUCACGCAGUUACGUUCCAAACCUGGUCAACAAUGAGACGUAUGGUACUAUCGUCAACACCAGCCCUUCCACUGGGGUCCUCUCCACCUCAGCUCCUCCACUGCCUCCCAGAAAUAUUGGGCAGCUGACUGGAGGUCUCCAAGGUUCUCCAGCAUGGAAGCCUGGCUCCAUAGAUCUCUCUGGCAGGCAGAGAUCCUCCUCGGAUCCCCCUAACAUGCAUCCUCCUGUUCCGCCCAUGCGAGUCACUUCAUCCUCCUUCAUAGCGCCGGCCGCUCCCCCGCCUCCUGUCUCUAAAGCAGCCAGUGCGAUGGAGGCCAUGAGUAUGCAGACCAAACCUGGGCAAGUGCCUCAGGGCCAGAGCAUGAACAGAGCUCCCGCUACAAGCUCGGAUAAAAGCUACAGCAAGGGGCCGCCAGCACGCUUGGACACCACGGAGAGACCAGCAAAGGAAGUUCCUGGAUGCCCUCAGAGCACGAGUGGUCCGUCUCAGGGUCCUGGCCACAUACCCAGGAAAACAUACCCUAAGCAGAGGCCGAAAAGGGUGAAGGCCAUCUAUAACUGCGUGGCUGAUAACCCUGAUGAGCUGACGUUCACAGAGGGCGAGGUGAUCGUGGUAGAUGGCGAAGAGGACCAGGAGUGGUGGCUGGGCCAUAUAGAAGGAGAGCCAAUGAGAAGAGGUGCCUUCCCAGUUACGUUCGUACACUUAAUGGCAGAUUGACGGUCAAAGGUUUCCGAUGCCGACCCAGGCUGAUCUGAUCUCCCCCUAGCAUGUCCCCACCUCCACAUACUUGGGCUUUACUAAUAAUUAUCAUCUGCUUCACCUUCAUCCUGAAGCUUGUGCCUGUCCUGACUCCAGACAUAUCUGCUUGCACCAGAGAGCGCUGCUCAACUCACCCAACGGAGAUUACUCCCUGAAUGUCUUAGCACCUAGUCGCUCCUGUAUGUUUGAAGACUUUAUUGCUACGUCUCACUUUGUUUGUUGACCAGGAAAAAACAAAAAGAAGGAUUCAAGUAGUCAGUUGCUUUGACACAGUAGAUGCACUUUUAUGUAACAAAAGCUUUAUGGCUCUCAACACUGAACCGUUCGGCUCCUUCUUGUUUAGCUUGUAGUUUGGGAGGACUGGUUUCUUCGUGAGCUGCCAUGUUUAUCUGAGAACAUGAGUGAAAACGCAUCACAUCACAUCUCUUGCCAGACGGAAGGAGAAUUAGAGGUGGUUCACUUUUAAAGCACUGCACCGGAGCAGAAAAAAAGGACGUUUGCUGUUGCUUCCCCUUGGGAUCUGUUACUUCCACUGUCCUCGUUUCCACACUCACUGGCCCACAUCAGAACUUAUAAAUAGAUCCUCCGCUGCUUAAACCUGGGAGCGCUCCUGCCUUGCCCUGCACUACACUACAUAUCUGUGAGAAAAGAGAUUUACAGCAUGCAUUUUGGAAUAAGAGAAGCACCAGAGUAAUAUAAUGUACGUUUGUGGUAUAGUAUGAUAUUGGGUCUGAAAGAAAGAAGCGGAUACUGAUGCUUAGGAAUAAGAGCAGAGCUGAAGAUGAUGAUGACAUGCAAAGAUCUGGAAGUAAAACGAAGGGAAUUUUUUCCGAGGGCAUGAGCCUUUUGCUAUAUCCCCGAACGGCCAUCAUCUUGUUUUUUUUCUUCCUGCUGCUUUUCCAAUGUUUUCACAAGUUACUGCAUUGUUUAAAUCACUUAUCUAGUAAUAGUCUCAUAAUGAAUGAGUUCAUACUAGCUUUAUGUUAAUAUGACCAAUGCUCAUGUUUAUGCCCUCUAGUUCUCGUUGAGAUUUUAAUACAUUUUUAGAGCUGGGUAAUUAAUGUCCGCCCAGAUUUUAGCGAUGUGUAGAACCAACCCUCCUCCUAAUGUACCCUUUAACAGGGAAAAAAACCAAAACCAUUCCUCAGUAACCGUGCGUCUCCGAUCUCCCCAGCGUUCUGUUUCCCGAAAGCGGAGGCCGCACUAAUAUGUAAUACUGUACAGCAAUACAUUUUACGUGAUGAAGUUUUCAUUUGGUUGCAGAGCAACCCUAUAGAAUGUUCUAUGACGUUUAAUUAAAAUCGACUUAGUCCCUGUUGAGCUUGAAACACAGUGACCUGUAACUUUAGCAACGAGAAGAGACUUGUAAUUAACUUCCAGAAUCUUCCUCUGCCUUUUAAUUCACUGGAAACGAAUAGGACCCGUCUUAUGCGGCGCUGUAAAUAACUGAAGAGUUUAUAUGUGUAUAUUUAAUUGUAAACCUAAAACUGAAGCGAUGGAGCAACGAGGUGGUGUUUCAGUUCCUAGCCGGGUGUAUGGACAUCCAGGCAUUUCGAAAGACAACGAAGAGAAACACUUCACUCUUGUUUCCUGUCAUCCUGUUGAUUCUAAUAUUGUAUAAAUAAAUGGGAAAACUGGAAGUUAAAUCAAACUCGAGGUUAAGAGUUUUUUUUCUUCUGAAUCUGAUGCUUGAAGUGAAAAUGGUGGAUAAAAUUAGGGUG